UUCAGGAAUGUUUCCGGGGUGCCCRUGCCGGUGAGCACACACGGCAGAGCUCUGCCCACAUCCCUUGAACGCAGUGACAUCAAAGGCACAGCCCUGCCUGCAGCCGGGGGGGACCCACAAUGCAGCUGGGACGGCCGUGCAGCAGCUCCAGGGCCGCUGGCACCGCUCCGCAUCAUCGGAGCCCCUCCAUUGUCAGCGCCGCAUGGGGACGCGGGGACAGCUCGGGCUGUAGGGGCUGUCCCCGAGGCGGGGGUGACAGGCGGGGGUGCGGKGACAGCGGAGCCCGGAGCGGGGGGAGAUGAGCGCGCAGGAUGAGCCCUUCCCGGCGGCGACAGCGGCGACAGCAGCGACAGCCCCCGAGCCCGCGGCCACCGCCCCCGACGAGGGCAUGACCUGGUGGUACAGGUGGCUCUGCAGGAUYGCCGGGGUCAUCGGCGGCGUGUCCUGUGCCUUAGCUGGUCUCUGGAACUGCGUCACCAUCAACCCCCUGAACAUCGCAGCCGGCGUGUGGAUGAUGCUCAACGCCUUCAUCCUGAUCCUGUGCGAGGCCCCUUUCUGCUGCCAGUUCAUCGAGUUCGCCAACGCCGUGUCCGCCCGCGCCGACCGCCUGCGCUCCUGGCAGAAAGCGGCKUUCUACUGCGGGAUGGCCGUGUUCCCCGUCAUUCUCAGCCUGACGCUGACCACGCUCUUCGGCAACGCCAUCGCCUUCGCCACCGGGGUGCUCUACGGGCUGUCAGCCCUUGGCAAGAAGGGAGAUGCCAUCUCCUACGCCCGCAUCCACCAGCAGCAGAAGCAGAUGGAUGAGGAGAAGCUCACGGGGACCCUGGAGGGACAGGAUCUCUGAAGGACACGAGCCUGGGGUCGCCUCUGCUGGACACUGAGAUGGUGAAGGCGUGGAAACCCACUGUGCCCUUCCCUCUGUCCACUCCACGAUUUCCCUGGACACUGCAGCACCUGGACACCUCAGGGGCUGGGGCAGGCUGUGUCCUCUCCUCACACCAGCAGCCACACCUCAGCACGUCGCUCCCCCUCUCCUCCUCGACCCUCAACCAAAUAUCUCACUGUGCCCCUCUUUUUUAAAUCUAUUUUUCCUUYUUGCUGCAGAGGUGCUGGCUCUCUGAGUGCUGCUUUCCCAGCCUGAACAGCCUUUUUUUUUGGGGAGCACCCUUUGGGAGUGGCCCUUCCCAGGUACAACACCCAACCCUGGGUUUGUAAAACCCCCUGGUGCUUCAGCUCGGUCUUCUCCUGCUGUUUUAAUUCUGGGACUGGGGGCAUCACUGCACAGGAAAGGAUUUCCAGAAAAAAAAAAACCCAUAAAGAUGAAAUCCAUCUGUGCAGGGAGCUGCCAGAGCUGCUGGGCACAUCCUGGGACUGACACAGCACAGCCCCUGCUUCCUCUGGAUACAGCUGCAGGCAUUAUUGCCAUUUACUUGAAUUAUGAAAAUUAAUUACUUUGUCUUAAUAGGGGCACUUUCCUUAAGCUUCACUCUUUUACUGGGGCAGAAGGGGAGCAAGGUUUGCUGUACCUCAGCUGAAAAGGGUGYUGUCUGUUGAGCCAAGAGGGAUUUUUUGCUGGUGUGAGGGUCGCUGAUGUGCAAGAGCAUUUCUCUUUCAUGAGCCUGGGACUCUGCUCUGUUACCUCCUUGAAUCCCUCUGUGAAGGGACCUGCUCUUUGCUUGGGAUUGUGGUUUUUUGCAUCAAUCCUGAGCUAGUUUUGCAUGGGAAGGUGGCACAUCCUUCCUGUGCAAGCAGARAAGAGGCUGCACCAUUUUGGUGUGGACAGCUGGGAUGUUUUGCUUUAUUAUUCCAGGCUCUCUCUGUGGUUUUCACAUUGUAUUUUCUGUUUGCUUUGUACCAUGAAGUACAAAACUGCUCACUGAGUCCAGAUCCCCCUCUUCUCAUCAAGGUUUCUCCUGGGGGUUUUAAUUUAUUUGAUUUUUAUAUGGUUGCUUUUUGUUCUGAUUAGGWAAAAGGGGAAUAAUUUAUUUCUGGUUAUUUAAUGGGACUAAUUUUCUCUGGAUAUAGGAGAAAGGAGUGCUCUAUUCGUUGUCCUUCAUGGGGCUGCCUCAUUUCAGGAGMUCUCUGAACCCAGGGACAGCCCUGGCUGCUGCAAAAUCCCAUUUCAGCCUUCAGAGUGCUUCUCAGACUCUUCAAAAAGUGUGCUGUCCUUUGACCCUUUGUCUUGUUCUGGCCACCAGCUUGACAAAGUGGCGUUUUCCCCCUUUUCUGGGUGAGAGAAGGGAGGGAAUUUGGGUUUUAAUGGCACYAUUUUUGUGCUCAGUCCCCUCUGCUCUGGGAUUGCUCCGACCCCCUUGGCUGGGAUGCAGAACAGGCACCACCAGCCUGUGUUUUUUCCCUAAAAGCAGCUUUUUUCCAUAAAAGCUGUGCUGUUUUAGAGCUCCCAGCUCUCUGGUGCUGAAUGCAAUGCAUGACCCGUCGGAGCACAGCACAGAGAAGGAUGUUGCAGGGGGAAAUUGGGAUAUUCCAGUGAGGAAAACCUCUGGGUGGUGCAGGGGCAGGGUCCUGCCUCAGGCAGGGACAGUGCUCUGAUUCCAGGGGUUUUGGGGGGUUCUGUGAUGUUUUUAGGGCAAUGUUGCAGCUGAUGCAUGUUGGUGUCUCUGUAGUGACAGCUUUGCUCCGUGAAUAGUUCUGCUGUAGCUUUAGGGACAGGAGGCCAAAGGAAAAUAAAAAACCAGCAAAGCCCUGAGGGGCUGAGCCCUGCAGGGAGCUCUGAGGAAGCACAGAGCUGCUGAACCCUCGCUGGCUCCAUCCUGCCGUGGUCUGGGGUGGGUGGCUGCUGCUCCAGGUCACCCUCAGGCUCCUUGCCAUGGCCAGGGACACUCUGCUGCCUCAGCACCGGGGCAGAAAUCCCUCAGGUGGCAGCAGGGCUGUCACCCUGUGUCGUGUGCCAGCAGAGGCUGACCCUGGGGCUGUGACACGGUGACAAU